AUGCCAAUCCCGUUCCGCGUAGGCGGCGAAGAGGCCAUGAAGGAACCGGACCUUACAUCCCUUUGGGAGACGAAGAAGGAUGCGGAUAUUCUCCUCACAAUGGGUGGCAGCAAGUGGGAGCUCCAUGACAAAUUCAUGCGCGGCAAGAGUGGCCUGAUUGACCACAUCCUAGAGAUGGUUGAGAUGAAAGAAGGAGUGAGAAGAAUCCCUCUCAAGGAGCGCAUGUUCCCCUAUUCGGCUUUGGACACCGUCUUGAAGUACUUCUAUUUUGGAGAAAGCCUGAUCGCCAACAAGACGGAUGUAAUCGACCUCCUUUCUUUAUACGAGGUUUCCGCGACCCUCGCCGUUCUCCCUCUCCAAGAGGUGAUUGCUUCACAGGCGGGCACCUUGCUCGGUGAGAUCCUGUCAAGCAGUAUCGACAGAAUCGGAGACUUUUACAUUGUCAUCGAGGUCAUUAUAGCUGAGCAGGAUGACGCGUGGGUGCCUAUGCACGAGGAGAUGCAGCGAGCCAUCGAGCCCCAUCUCCCAACGCUCUUUCAACACGACACGUUCGUAAACCUCGUCAAACAGCAUCAAGAAUUCUGUUUAGAGAUUCUUUCAACUGCUGUUGGUCGCAUCGAGACCCUCGAGAACGCUGGAAAGAAGAUCACCAGUAUCAAGAGUACAAGUGACAUCGACCUCCAAGCCAAUGCCGAACAUAGCACUGGCGUUUCGAAGUGUUUCGUCGAAGCAGGAACACAAACCGACAUCCCGCUGCCGCACAGUCCGAAGAAGUCCUUCCCUACGGCUACGCGCGAACCCAUGGUGACAUCGAGCACAGAGGCCAACGUUCCACUGAUUGAGCCCAACCGCCGUUCGCAGUCUAUCCCUAGAUCGGCAGAAAAGUCUGAAACGGACAAGAUUUCCAACUCGACCUCCAAAGAUUCUAGACUGACCCAAAUUCCGCAAAGUUUCAAGUUCGACUUCGAGGUGAAGAGUGCCGCCAUCGGAAGUGUGUUGGCAGCAAUCGACCAGAGCGAUACACCUAGUCUCUCAGAGAUUUCGAGAGAAACCACUGCACAUGUGGCUGCCCCUCUUGUUCGCCCUGGAUCAUCAAUUUCACAUGAAUCGACUCACUGGAAGUCCUGCAGUGAGGGUGAUGAAAGAAUCGUCCCAGUCAUCGGAACAAGUAAGCACAUCGCGCCACCAACCUCCAUUGAGCCUUCAUCGCAGACAGUUGCAGCGCCGAAGUCUCAAUCUCAGGAUGAGAAGACCACCGUUGUCUCCAACAAACACAUAACAUUGGAAAGUGCAUUGUUGAACUUCUGCAGCCAUGUUCAGGAAGAACACCUACCCAUGUCCACGACCGAAGGCUCCAGUGCCCGCCAGACCAAGCAGACGGCUGUCCCUGUCAUGCAUCAGCGAUCUAAUCGCUCAUACGCCUUCAACGGCGACAGCCUCCCUCAAGGCUUCCAAUUCUCUGGCGAUCCGCAGAGAGAGCAACCUGAGGCCUCUAACAGCAAAGCUACUACCGGCCACGUUCAGGAGGAGAAGACAACUAUCACUGGUGUUGUCGAAAGAGCACGAAGAGAGUACGUACUGAGCGGCUCUAAUGUCUCACAGACCGAGGGGAUAGCUGCUCCCGUUAUUCCCGACCGACUGGGUCGCUCAUACACCUUCAACAGUGAAAGCCUUCCUCGAAGCUUUCAAUUCUCGGGUAGAUCCCAAGAACAGCUUUCCAAAGAGCCAAAUAUCAGGGCACCCAGCGCUAGUGCGACGAGCUCUAGGACACACAAGAUCAAAGCCCCUACCAGCUGCGCUCAGCAGAGUACCUCUUCGUUUCCACAAGCAAGAGCGACGCAGAACCCUUCUCCUGCCCCCAGUAUCUGGAAGGCCGACCGAGAAACGAGGAAGCAAAUAAGAAAAGGCCGGCUAAUAGUCGAGCCUCCUGUCUCGACGGAGACGAUUUGGAGAAGAGCUGCAGACCUUCUUGAAGUCGAUCGUUCCCCUGAUGUUCCUCAGUGGGCGCAGUGA